AUGGCAAUACUGGGACUUGACGAAUUUCUUGAUAGGAAUUCAGCGAAGAAAAUUGCUUUAGUAACCAGUGGUGGUACUAAAGUGCCUCUUGAAAAGAAUACUGUUCGCUAUAUCGACAAUUUUUCACUGGGCAAUAGAGGUUCUGCAAGCGCUGAAUAUUUCUUAAAGUCGCAAUAUGCAGUAAUUUUCUUUCACCGGGAUAACUCUCUGAAACCAUUCAGUAGAAAAUAUAAAGAAUUAUUUUACAAUCUCAAAAUAGAUACGGAUGGUGCGGUUAAAGUCGAACAUAUUGAUGGAUUGUCAGAUGCUGUAAGGCUAUAUCACGAAUCCAAGGACUGCUUGUUCUUCAUUCCAUUUGACACAGUUAUGCAAUAUUUAUCAUUACUGCGAGAAAUAUGUUUGCGGUUACAGCCGAUGAAGUCAUCUGUUCUUAUUUAUUUAUCCGCAGCUGUUUCUGAUUUCUAUGUUCCGGACGAAGAUCUUCCAACCCAUAAAAUUCAUUCAAAUAAAGGUACUUUUAACCUCACGAUGAACAUUGUUCCGAAAAUACUCGGUUGCUUAGUAGAAUUAUGUUCCGAGGCAUAUAUUGUCAGUUUUAAGCUAGAAACGGACGAAUUAGUACUUGAGGCCAAAGCACGUGAAGCUCUUUUAAAGUACAAACAUCAGUUAGUGAUCGGUAACAUACUUGACACAAGAAAUAAAAAAGUCAUUUUCUUCAACAAAGAUACAGAGGAGGAAAUCAAAUUGACGAAGGAACAACAAGAAAAUUGUGUGGAGAUUGAAGAUCUCAUUAUCAGCAAACUUGUCAAAGAACACGCUAAUUUUAUGAAGCGACAGUAA